AAACUGUUGCAACUAGACGCCAGUGAAUGCUUUUAGGAUUUCGAUUUUAGCGCUAACCCACUAAACAAAAUAGACGAAGAAAAUAAACCAACACCGGAUAAAUGGAGUAGGAGUAAAAAGAAAGCAUCAAAUUCUAAAACCCUAAAACCCCUUGUUAUUUUCUCCCUCCUCAUUUCAUAGAUGGUCAAUUUUCUUGGAAACCCAAUGAUGACAACUCUUCACCUCACGAACCCAGCUGAGUUUAUGUGUUCUUCUCCAUCACCAUCUUCGAUCUUAAGCCAGAAAACAUUCGUUUCUUCAGCAUGUUUCACACCCAGAGAUCGACACCGGAGGAGUCCCUCGCGGCGUUACCGUUCUGGGUUAUGCUGUAGUUGUAGCAGCACGUUUACCCAAAUGGAUUCGGCCAAGAUUAAGGUCGUCGGCGUCGGCGGGGGCGGCAACAAUGCCGUUAAUCGCAUGAUUGGCAGCGGCUUGCAGGGAGUCGAUUUCUAUGCCAUAAACACCGAUGCUCAAGCACUACUUCAGUCUGCUGCUAAGAACCCACUUCAAAUUGGAGAGCUUUUGACACGUGGACUCGGUACUGGUGGGAAUCCACUUUUGGGGGAACAAGCUGCCGAGGAAUCAAAGGAAGCGAUUGCUGCUUCCCUUAAAGGCUCCGAUCUUGUGUUCAUAACAGCAGGUAUGGGUGGGGGUACAGGAUCUGGUGCUGCUCCAGUUGUGGCACAGAUUUCAAGAGAAGCGGGUUACUUAACUGUUGGUGUGGUCACCUACCCAUUCAGCUUUGAAGGACGUAAAAGAUCCUUGCAGGCAUUGGAGGCUAUAGAAAAGUUGCAAAAGAAUGUUGAUACUCUUAUUGUGAUUCCCAACGACCGUCUGCUGGAUAUAGCCGAUGAGCAAACAGCCCUUCAGGAUGCUUUUCUUCUUGCUGAUGAUGUUCUUCGCCAAGGGGUGCAAGGAAUUGCAGACAUAAUCACAAUACCUGGACUGGUGAAUGUAGAUUUUGCAGAUGUGAAGGCAGUCAUGAAGGACUCCGGAACGGCAAUGCUUGGAGUGGGUGUUUCCUCCAGCAAGAAUCGUGCAGAAGAAGCAGCUGAGCAAGCUACUCUGGCCCCUCUGAUUGGAUCAUCUAUCCAAUCUGCUACCGGAGUUGUAUAUAACAUUACUGGCGGAAAGGACAUAACAUUACAGGAAGUGAAUAGGGUGUCACAGGUUGUCACAAGUUUGGCAGAUCCUUCAGCUAACAUUAUAUUUGGAGCUGUGGUGGAUGAGCGCUACAACGGGGAGAUUCACGUGACUAUCAUCGCAACUGGUUUCACUCAGUCGUUUCAGAAAACACUAAUAACCGACCCCAGGGGAGCAAAGCUUGCUGAGAAAGGAUCAGGAAACCAGGGAGGUCAGAAAUCACCCAGUACCUCUACCUCACCUUCUCAAGUUCCAUCUCGACCUGCUCAAAGAAAGCUCUUCUUUUAACCUCUUUCUUUCACUUCGUAACUUCGUUUUACUUUUCCAGUUUGUGUAUUGCAUUAGGCUGUGUUAUGAUCUUGAAUGCAUCUGUUUGAUGCCCCUUUUUAUUUUUGCUUUCUAGUUGCCUCCCCCCAUUUUUUUGUUUUUCUCCUGCAACCAGAUGGGCCAAUCUGUUGUGAUUAUAACUGUUUUGGUAGGCUGUGUUAGUGGCUUCGUUUGUUGUCAAUUUUCAAAUGAAGGGAUUUGAGGUUGAAUUUUUUCCCUAAAUCGAGAGGUUUUUGAUAUUA